AUGGAUUUCAUCAAGACCAGUUCCCUGCGUGCUCUGAUUGAGUUAACUUUCCAACGCAACUGGAACGGCCUCAUUUGGAUGAGUAGAAAAGGAGUUAUCCAAAAGAGUGAAGACUGUCCAGACGGCUCUAUCGAGAAACGCGCCGGCUGGCCGAGGAACGAAUUUCCGCGCUCGGCCAAAGUCAUCCGUCCGUCCCUUCCAAAGCCUCGGCCGAUCACACACACGACCCGGGAAACGUCCCGCGGUCGGCCAAGUUCAACCUCACGCCAGCCGCGCACGACCAGCCGCGCGAGCCGGGAAAAGCCUCGCGGCCGCGCAACUCGCGUACCACGGCCGAUGCGCGUCCGACCGGGAAAGCCGUCCCACGUCCGGCCGAAACAUCGGCCAAAUCUUCAUCCGCCGACCACAGCGGCCGACCACGAAUCCUCCGGCCACGACCGUUCCGAUGCCGCGACCAUGACCCGAUGUCCGGCCGAUCGUCCCGACCGACCGUCCAACGCCGCGGUCGACCCGAAGCCCGUUUUGAAGCCCGUUUCAUAUUUUCAAGCCCGGCUUAACCCUAAGCCGCCUAGAAGACCUAGCACUAUAUAUAUACUUUUUAGCCUCUUGAGAAAGAGAGCCGCCCUUGUAUUUCGAUUUCCUACUCUAAGUUUUAUUGCAAUCAUGUUUUCUUCAUCUCUAUGUGUGUUUGCUUUGAUCAUGUCUGAGUAA